AUGGGUGGUGGUUACCCCAUUCACUGCAUCCGAAUACGAAAUGUAAGAUUUUUCCAAGGAAUUGCUGUAGAUUAUGAUAGUAAACAAGAAUAUUUGCCGCAGUUGGCGAACGGCGGCGGCGGCGGCCGUGGCCUGUUCUGCUACCACUGCCCGCCAAGCCUGCCGCCGCAUCAGCACCGGCUGCCUACCCUGGAGUAUCCCUUCACAGCUUCGCACCCUUACACGAGCUACUCCUACCAUCCAGCCAUCCACGAUGACACUUUCGUACGUCGGAAACAACGUCGCAACAGAACAACAUUUACGCUACAACAGCUGGAGGAACUGGAAACGGCGUUCGCGCAAACGCAUUAUCCCGACGUGUUCACUAGGGAAGAUCUCGCGCUUAAGAUCAACCUUACAGAGGCUCGGGUCCAGGUAUGGUUUCAAAAUCGAAGAGCAAAGUGGCGGAAGGCGGAAAGAUUGAAAGAAGAGCAGCGUAAGCGAGAAGGAGCAGAAGUACUGGCCAAACGAGACCCUGCGGAUGACAAGGGUUCGUCUGAGUGUGGCAUGUCCCGCGGCUCGGCGGAAGCAUCACCCAUGUCGGGCACCGGUGUUUCGCCUCGGGCUUCGCCCCCUGUAACGCCAGGCUCUCCGCGUAGAUCACCACUUCGCUCACCUCGCCCAUCUCCCAGUAGAUCUCCGAGACUUGAAAGAUCCGAGGCGGGGUGCUCGUCGCCGGCGCCAUCUGUGGGCAGUGCGAGCUCGCGUGAUGCCGCGCCUGAUCCACGUCCGCAACACCACCUCUUCUCACCUUUCGAACACAGUUCAGGCGCGUUCCGUUCGUCGCCGGGCAGCGCCGACCAGCCCCCCGCGCCUCCGUUGUUUCUUCCCCCGCAUCUUUCGCAUCUCUCACAGCACCUCAACCAUCUGUCGCAGCCAUUCUUCCCGUUAAAAGGCUGGGGCGCGCCUUGCCCCUGCUGUCCCAAAGAAGAAGCCCGCUCAUCAAGCGUGGCAGAAUUACGACGUAAAGCCCAUGAGCACUCGGCGGCUCUACUCCACUCGCUAGCGAGCUUCCAGUCGCGUGCACUGCUACCGCUGCCACUGCCACUGCCGCCGCUGCCGCUGUCGCUGCUACCACACGACGCCAGCGCGAACUCCAACAACUCUUCUGAACCGCACAAACAUAUGGAGUAA